UGCUGAACGAAUAACUUUCUCAAUUUUGCUAUCAACGCGAAACGGGAAGAAAGUGUCGCGCCGUCUUAAUAAACGCAAACGUUAUUAUAUCCUAGCGGUACACAGUAUCCUCUACCGUGAGUGUCCGGUGUACGGUGAAAGGAUCGGAAAAUAUCGAAGGUUUUGAUUUGUUGUUGUUUUUGGGUUUGUGUUUUUUCCUACACCAAAAGUGAAAAGCUGUACAGGAACUGUGACGUGAAAAGAUAUACUGGCCAUCCAUUGUUUAUUGUGCGAUACAAUCGAAUCGAUUCACAGUGUACCGUAAACUUGUGCAUUGUGCGUGUGUGUAUGUGUGUUAAGGAAAAUAGGAAUUGGUUUGUAAAAUAGUUUGAAGCUCAAGUGAACUAUUUACCUCGAACUUUAAUCGGUCACAAGUAGGGCUGACCGUGGCAUACUACAGGAAGUAACCUCCGUAUAUGCGUACUUGUGCCUGCUAGCUGUUCAUCUCAUCUGCCUACCGAGGCGAGGUCAAUAUUGGCAAACACCACAACCAUUUGGGGACGGCUACAUUCACAGGAAGGAAGCAAAAAAACCCUACUAGUCUGCAGUGGAGACAAACCGAAUCACGAAUCACAGGCAACCUUGGGUGGAAGGAGGACGUAAUAGACAGAUUCGUUCCUUGCGGUGGCAAGAGUUGUUUUCUAUCAGCAAGGGCAGCAAAAGGUGGCAAGGGCUAAUCAGCAGAACAUCUCCUCUCACAUAUACACGGAACGCCGCACCGACGUUCAACCCUUAUUUGACCGUUGAUAUAUUUUCGGGAGACUUCCAUAUUUUUUAUCAGCCUGCCUGCCUGUCCGAUUCCUUUCGGACACUGAAAGGUGGACGUGUACUGUGCAACGUAAUAAAUUGUUGAAAACAACAAACUUUGAUAAAAACGACGUUCAAUCAGCGUAAGCGUACUCUCGCGCAGAAACGGUGUACGGUGUGUGAAUCGCGGCAUCGUAAAAACAAACCUACACUACUGUUGUGCAUUCGUAUUCAUCUUGUUUGUAAAACGCCAUUUAACCGUAUCGCUGGAUGUUGGAUACGACUUCGGGCGGUUAGUGUUGUGAAAUAAUAAUACUCCCAUCCAAACGAGUUCCCGACGCACAAAACAAACUACCGGGGGGAGACUUUGUUGGACGAGCGCCGCGACAUCAAUUCUGCACCAAACAAUUUAUCUUACCAUACGCAGAAUCAUAUCGUUCCAUAGAACCAUCACUAGAGUCAUCGCCUACUACGCAGAAUACAACAUUUAACAGUAGCAUUGGGCAUACACAAUAUUCUAAAAUGGAUGUAACGUUGAUCGUGAAAGCUUCCAAUCAGCAAUGCGAAGAUCUAACCAUCAAAUGCGAACCAUCCUGGACGAUUCGGCGACUAAAGGGACACCUGACGGAAGUCUAUCCGGGCAAGCCGAGCACUGAUGAACAGAAACUGAUCUACUCCGGCCAGCUGCUCGGUGACAGCGUGGUCCUGAAGGACGUCCUUCGCCAGUACGAUGGUCAGCAGGCACACACGGUGCAUUUAGUGUUUACGCCAAAGAACAGCUAUUACGGUGGAGGCGGCAGCAGCAGUAGUAGCAGUGGUAGCAAAUCGAAUGUCAACAGUAAAAUGGUUUCGAAUGCAAGUGCAUCCGCUGCCGGGACGAGCAGCGGUAAUAACGGUAGCAACAAUUCCAGUACCUCGUUCGGGUCCAGUGCAUCCGCAUACGACAGAAGUGCGCGUGGUGAAGGUGUACACAAUACCGAAGAAGCGAAUGGCGAUGGGCUCCGUCAACGUUCCGUUUCGCAGGCUCGGUCCACGGCAAGAACAACAAACCCGAGACCGUCGCAAUUUGUGGAGCAAACGGCCGCCCUUCAAAAUUUCAUGCAACAUACGUACAUGCAGUACCUAAACCAAUAUAUUAAUCUAAUCAACGAACAGGCAAACGCGAAUGCUUUAUACUCCGCUUCCGGUCUGCCAGGUGCUAAUGGAAGUACCGAAACGGCACCUUCAACUUUAAAUCCCCUCACGGGAAAUCAACCAUUUCCAGCUGUUCCAUUCGUGCCGAUCGUACAAUCAGGGACAAUGGCUGGAGGUUUCCCUAACUUUGCCUAUUACCCCUGCAUGACGUCAGCCCCAUAUGCGAGUGGGUUUCCAUCCACCAGCAACAUUCCAACUGCUUCAUCCGAUGCUGGAGGUGUCCCAAGCGUACAAUCUAGCCCAAACCCUUUCCUAUCAUCUUCCACGCAUCCUAGCACCGGGGUGGCAUCGGCCUCCGGUCAGCCAAUUCCCUCACCACAACAAAUGCCAGGUAUGGUAAACCCAACAUCCUCAAGCUCAUCGAUAGAGGGGGGUGAUGGAAAUGCUGCCACAAUACCGACAGCAGCUGCAAGUGGUGCUGAAACGGCUGCUGUAGCACCAGCGGAACAGGGUGCGCCACAAGAUGCGGCCCCAGCUGCAGCAGCAGCUGCCCCAGCCCGAGCACGUCGGUUUCCGAAUAUUGUGGUCGAGGAGCAGGAAAACAACGAUUGGCUGGAUGUUUUCUUCAGCAUGUGUCGUUUUGGAAUUCUGAUCACAGUUAUUUAUCUUUACUCGUCUCCGAUCCGAUGCCUGACGGUACUUUUCAUUGGUGUGAUGUUGUAUCUCAAAAAACAUCUAGAUCGUGUCUAUCAGGCGAUUGACCGACGUAUACCUAGGUUGCAAGCAAACCAGGAUGCUAAUGCCGUCGCCGCUCAACGGGAACAGCAGCCAGCGGUGGCUCAACCAAACAAUAAUGUACCUGAGCAAAACAAUCCAGACCAGCAGCUACCGAACGAAUCGGGCGUUGCCGCUGGUGUGGAGAAUGUCGUCAAAACGCGCAACAGUGAACCGGACAGCGCAACGGCUGGAACGUCUGCCCAGCAGGAAAGCAGCAAUACUAGCAGUAACGAUGCUUCUGUUAUGUCUCGCCCACGGACUAGCUCCGCCGGUCGAAGUACAGAACCAAGUACCACAAACGCGGUUGAAGAGGAGCAGCAGCAGACGAAUAGCGAAGGUGAACCGGGUGCUGCCGCUGAACAACCGGCCGCUGAAGGUCAGCGGAUGACAUUCAACGAUAUGACUUCCUUUCUCGGAACGCUGGUGAUAACGUUCUUCACCUCCAUAAUUCCCGAUACGCCUGCAGCGUAAGUCUUGGGCAAAAGGUGUUGCAAAAAAGCAUUCGUCGGUGCUGUGUGUUGCUGCUUUCCUCCUCUGCUUCCUCUGCUAGCAUAAAAAAGAGAGAGAACGCGAAAGAGUAAGGAAAAUAAAUUGUGAGCACAGUUUUGUGUCAUUCCUGUGUCCACAGUCCAGGCCGAUGCAUUAACAUGAACGAAAUGCGGAAGCUUUGUACAGUUAGAUUUACAUAUAUCAUGGGGAUAUUUGGGUAAAAACACAUCGCAACGAAACACACACUUUAGCCAAAACAAAAUUCGCGCUUGCUGGAUGCUACUAUACCGCGACGAGAGCAUAUUGGUAGUUCCCACGAUCGUUGGGAGAUGAAGAACAUGAGCGAUUUGGGGUAAAGGUAGCUUCACUGUUUAUUUCCUAAUUAUGUUUAUGUUUUUCUUUUUCUUUUAAAUUUCUCUCAUGGUAUAUUAUUUAAUUAAUCUGUGUUAAUAACGGCCAUGCAUGUUGUACACGAUGUAUAGAAUCAAUCACGUAGAAUGAAAGUUGUUAUUUAGAAACUAACGCUAGUAGAAGAACAUUGAUUGUGGAGAGCAAGGCAAAGCAACGAGACGUUGUGCUGUGCGUGGUGCUGUUUGAGGAAAGCCGUGUUGAAAUUUUUAUCACACAACAAAAGCUACAACAUUUAAAAACAUCUUCUGCGUUUUUUGCGUUAGCAUUUCGUUUAUUGCUAUUUCCCCACUCGGAAUAAUUGAUAACAAAAACCAGUUGGAUUUAGCCAACAAAAUACAUGUGCAUAGUGGAUUUUUUCACGUUUUGUGACAUUACACGCAUCGCUGAAACGGCGAAGGAAAUAGUAGUAGAUGGAUUUAGUGAGACCCUGUUACACCUAAAAAGCUUUAAGCAAAGUGGACAGAUUACGUUCGUUAGCACGAACUAACCAAAAACAAAUGAAAAAAUCUAUUAGCAGAAGAAAACAAAACAAACAAAAACAAUAUAUGGUAUGUGUAAUAAGUUAAUGAAUUGUGUUGUCGAUCCUUAACAUAUUUCUUAAUUUUUACGUCUUGUUAAAUCAUUGUGAUUGAUGUAUUAAUAAUGCAAAUAAAAUGAAAAAUCCAAA